AGAGGAAGCGGCGGCCGGGGCGAUGCGCCUCCCCGCCCCGCAGGCAGAGCCCCUGCUUCCCUUCCCACCGAGGAGACACCGGGAUCUGCCUCCGCUCCCCUCGGCCCUCCCCCUCGGCUUCCUCCCUCUCGCCUUCUUUUUUUUUUUUUUUUUUUUUUUUUUUUCCUUUUUCCAUCCCCUCCCCCGCCCGGGAAGACCUGGCCGCUCCCCCGCCCCUGCUCAGUAGCCGCGGGCGCUGGGCGGCGGACGAGCGGCGCGGAGCCGGAGCCGGGAGCCCCGGGGCUCCGUCCGUGCUGCGGCUGCCAGAAAAAAAUAAAAUAAAAUGGAGCACAUGCUACUGCUAUUCAUAUUUUUCAUACCUAUAUUGGGUCUCAGUAAUGGAACAGAAACUGAACAAGAUUUUACUUGGCACUUAAAGAAGAUUCCCCAGAUUGUGAAAGAAAGAACUUUCUCCCUUGACAGCCCUAAAUUUGAAGCAAAAACCAACUUAGAGCUGAACAGUGUGUGUGGAAUUGAAUGUCAAAGAAAACUACCAGUGCCAAGCUUGUCUGACUUGAAGAGCCUCUUGUCCUACGAGACUGUUUUUGAGAACGGCACACGGACCCUGACUGAAGUGAGUGUCCUCGGAGCAGUGCCUGGCCCAGCUGCAAACACAACCACACGAGGGCCUGCGAGGAGGAAGAGGCAGAUAUACGGAACAGACAGCAGGUUCAGCAUCUAUGACAAGAGGUUUAUGACCAACUUUCCGUUCAACACAGCCGUGAAGAUCUCCACGGGCUGCAGCGGCAUUCUCGUUUCCCCCAGGCACGUGCUGACAGCAGCCCACUGUCUGCACGAUGGCAAGGAUUAUGUCAAGGGCAGCAAAAGACUGAGGGUGGGGCUGAUGAAGACGAAAUCCAGAGGCAACGGCAGGAAACGCAAAGGUGCUAAAAGGAGCAGGAGAGAAACUCCUGCGGCCAAAGAGGAUCCCAAAGCUGCCACAGGAUUAGGGCGACAAUCCAAAGGGGGUGAGAGAAAGCACAGGAGAUCUGGGAGGAAGCAAGGGACCUCAGAUGGCAUGCCCUCCUUCCAGUGGACCCGGGUGAAGAGCACACACAUCCCAAAAGGCUGGUUUAAGGGUGUCUCUGGGGACAUUGCCCUGGAUUAUGAUUAUGCUGUUCUUGAGCUCAAGCGUCCCCACAAAAGGAAAUACAUGGAGCUGGGAAUCAGCCCAACCAUCAAAAUGAUGCCUGGGAGCAUGAUCCACUUCUCAGGUUUUGACAAUGAUCGGUCUGGGCAGCUAGUCUAUAGAUUUUGUAGCAUUUCUGAUGAGUCCAAUGAUCUGUUUUAUCAGUACUGUGAUGCUGAGCCUGGCUCCACGGGGUCUGGCAUCUAUCUCCGCCUGAAGGAGCCAAACAAAAAGAAGUGGAAACGCAAGAUCAUCGCUGUUUACUCAGGCCAUCAGUGGGUGGACAUCAACGGCGAGCAGCAGGAUUACAAUGUAGCAGUACGAAUUACUCCUCUCAAAUAUGCCCAGAUUUGCUUCUGGAUACAUGGGAAUGAUGAGAAUUGCACACAGGGCUGAAGAGAGCCCAGCCUCGCUCGCUUAGCACCCUCACUGCCAUGGAGUGGCCAACGGUGCCUGGAAGAACAUCACUCCACGCCAGAAUGUGUUUGAACUCGAAGCUCUCAAGUAGUGCUGCGGUGACUCAAGGAAUGCUGAAUUGCUAGGGGAGGGGUAGAAUUGUCAGACAAAAUAUUUCUAAUUGUAACCAACCUAGAUAUGCACUUAAAAUCCCAAACUGUAUUUAUGUUUGCAAUUGUGAUAAAUUCGAGUCAUUCAUGAGGAGAAAAAUGGCUGCACCUCUAAGUCAUUUUUUUCCCCAGGGGAAGGGUUGAGACGUCUCAAACUGGUGUUGUUAAACAGUAUCUAUUUUUUUUUUCCAAUGGAUUUACUUUUCUCAGGGUUCUGUUCCAAUUCUUCAAAUGCAAGUUGUGCAUAUAGCAUGUUACUGUAUGUGCAGAAUGAUCCAGAGAAUUGCAUGGAGAGCAAGACAUUAUUCUGGCAUUCUCUAAAGACCACAGGUCCACGUUGAGAAGCAGCACUAAUGAUUGUUAGUUUGGAAAACUUCCUCUUCUGGUUGCUGCAGGAACACUCCCGUGGAAAUUCCAAAUUUAUGUAGCUGAGGGUUACACCUUACAGACAAAUUCACUUCAUUGCUCAGUAAAACAGCAAAAAUCAAUUAACAAACAAAAACUUCCAUGUUUGGAAGAAGAAGACACACCUGGACAUAGUUUGAUGCCUUUAAAGGUUCUUUGAGAAGCUGUAGAAAUCUUAAACAUGUGCAUCUGCUUUCCAAUUAGUAUUUGGAGAGCUGUAGAUUUAGUUUCUAGUCAAAUGUUUAGCUUUUCCAUUGGGAGAAGUCUCUGACUCCUGAAGUGGUUACUUGACAAUCAUUUGGAGCUUCAUAGAUGAUAUAUUUUUUUGGGUGCUAAACAUUUCUUCAGUUUUUAUAAAUCACUUUUAUAAGAGUUCAGCUUCAUAGAUAGGAUAGUAUGUAUUAGACUGGGACUUGAAAAUCAAUAUUUUAGUUUGGCUUUACACAGUUUUGCAAAGUGUGUGGUUUUAAUCAUGCUACAUUCAGACUCCACCUCAACAUGAUUCACAAGGUUAACUAAACUUUUCUCCCAACUAAAUUAUAGCACCUUCUGAAUGGUAGAACUAUCCUGUGCAUUAUAAAAGGUAUCUUGUUAGAUAGCAGCAGUAGUUAGCAAAUAAUUUGGUUCAAUAUGUUUGCAGAACCAUGUAUUUAAUGAAGACACAAACUGAGCUUGACUUUUACACACCUUUAAAUACAAACCACCUUCUUAAAAACUGUUGUUGAUUGCUAUAUUAGUCUAUAUAUUUUAUUUUAUGUCAAGAUUUUGAAGUACACAGAAUUGUUAUGGUGCUACGUUAAACUAAUAACACAAAAAGAUACUGUGCCUUUCUGAUAAUAUCCUUUGGGUUUCAAUACUUUCAGAUUAUUCACCACCAUAAUAUUUAAAUUUUUUUACCAUAAAUUUAUGCUGACCAAAAUACAGUUUCUUCCUGUGCAGGAGUAAAAUAAUACAGCAAGAUUUUAAAAUACUAUUUGAUGUAAGAAUCUUUAAAGCAUGCUUGUAAUAUCUUUCAAGAAGUAAGAUAAUUUUAAAUAACCCAUUUUUUUGGUAGAUGGUUGAAAGUAUGUAACCUGACACACUGAAUGUGCAGGCAACUUUGUCCUAUUAUUGCCAAAGCAUAAAAAUUUAAGACUUGCUUCCAUCUCAUAACCCUAACAAGAAUUCAUUCAUUGGAAGAAAUCUCUCUUUAAAGGAAACUACUUCUUUUAAUGUCAACCUUUCCAGGGAACACUCAACUUCUCUUUCUUUAUUAUGAUUUAAUUUUAUUUUGUGUGAUUGUUUGCAGAAAACUAAUAAUAAUUUUUAAAGUUUAGAAAUAAAUCUCUAAGAUUUUAGGGUUAAUUAUUUUUUAUUGUUGUUAACUUCUCUCUUAACACAUGUGGCUUUGCUGACAGUAAUUUUAAAUCACCUCAGUUCAGUAUUUAAUACUCUCACUCUAUGCAGCAGUUUUAUGAUAUUCUUUAGUCAGGUCUGUAAUGCUUUUCUUAAGUGCCUUUUUCCAUAGUUACUGUGACAAAUAAGGUACCACACCAUUAAUCUAAUACAAGAAAACCCAGGUCCAUGUAUUUCUUUACAAUUAUUGUCAUUGUUGAUUUGGGUCCAAAACUGAUCAAGAUAAGGGGGCUUAGUAAAUUCCUUGUUUUGUUGAGCCUUAUUUAGGUGUGCUCUUCAGAAGAAGAAAUAAAAUCUAUUUCUUUAUCACUUUGGGAAUUGGGAGCAAGGUAAGAAUGAAAAAUGUUUGAUGUCAGCUUCCAAAUGGUCUUUUUAUAAUAAUCACCUGUUCUAAAUAUCUCAGCUGCAACCUGAGGUACCCAUACCAGGUUGAUAAAAACUAUUUCUUUCCAGAGAAUAAACACUAGAUGCUUCAUUUUGUUGUACUAAGAGAUUAAAGAGGUUGGCCAGAGCAACAUAAAAAUUAAUUUUAAACAAACAAACAAACCUCUGUGUCUCAGUGCCCAUACACAAAGACAUGCAAGUAUACAGCCUUGGAGAACACAUGUUGUUUUGAUUAUGUUUUGGUGUUGUGAGCACCUUCAGGCCAAGGAAUGCAAGUAGAAGAAGAUGCAGACAAAGCGUUUUUCCUCUUGUCUCUGCAUGCCAGGCAACAUUUGGUCUUCACUUGGCCUAACAUAGAAAUAAAUGCUUUAUGUAGGCACUGGGACUACCUACUUGAGGGACUACUGGGAUAGUUCAUAAAUCAAACACUUACACAGAAUCCCAGGAAUUCAAUGUCCUGCAUAGAGCUCUUGGAACCCAGCACUGCAAAUGGGACAAGAAUUUCUGAGCCAUCUCAGAUUUUCUUAAAAACCUGCCAUUACUCUCUAGUUACCAAUUAGAAAAUAUGAGGAGAAAAAUAUUAUCUCAGUGGAUCAAAUUUUGCUGUUGUCUAGGACACUGUUUGUGGUGUUUCCCUAAAGGAUUUUUCCUCUCUCAGGUACCAGGCUGAACAUCAUUUGCAUUCAUCAGAAUAAUUCUUUUCCAUAGGAGUUGGUAUAGUAGAUAUUUUAUUUAACUGUAUUCCUGGUUUUAGGUAAAAACAACCUCAGUAAAAUAUCUUUUCUCCUAGAGGGCUACUGGAAUUUAUAAUCAACAAGUAAGUUUUUCUUAGGGCCAAAGGUAAACCAUAUAUGCAAGCCAUCAACACACCCAGACCAGUUUCUGCAAGGUUUUUGUGCAUGUGUUUAAUCUGAGGCUCUGAGACACACGGUGGAAGUCAAGGGAGUUAUCUGCAAAAUGAAAAAUUAGGUCUAAGUUUGUACUAACAAAAGAAAAGCACAACAUUAUUUAGGGAAAUUAUUUCUGCUAUAUGAGGUAUAGAGUACCCAAUGCUUUAAUAAUUGCUUAAAGAAACUCCUUGACUCCUUAAGAUUUACAAUCUUAAUUUUGCAGAUUUAUGUGUCUAUAUGGAAUAUGAAUCAGCAUGAAUAUGGCUUAAAUUAAAAAAAAUACAAAAACAAACUUAUCCACGUAUGGAGGAGAGAAGCAGCUGGGGAGUUCUUUCUAUUCUGCUGAUAAGGGAUGACCUGGCAGCAAACAGAAAAUAAAGCAGAAAGAAAGAACAAGUGGAUGGUAUGGAAGACCAGGAAGAUGGAGGUGGUAUGCAAGGGAUAAAGGAAGUGUGCAAAGUAACAGAUGAAAUGGCUGCAAGGUAGCAGAGGCAACUAUUGUGAGAAAGAGUAGACAGAUGACAGACACUUAAUAGUAUGAAUUAAGAUGUGAAAUUCACAAGAUUAAUGAACAAUUUUUCACUGUUAAAGAUAAGACUUUUCUUCCCAGCCAACAGCAACAAGGAAAGAUCUGUGAGAGGACUCAGGCUGUGGCAGGGACUGCUAGCAGGCAAGGUUUUGACCCUGAUCUACAAUCCUGAAUUCACAGGGAUUAUGCUUCUGUUCAUUCAGGGCCCUUGGAAAGCAUCAGAUCCAUGUUCUGACUGAAAGACUUGGCAGUAUGAGCCUCCCAGUACACUGGAUCACCAAGAGUGUAGUGAGUAAGGGGAGUUCCUCAAACCUGAGCUUUUGUUGGGAUUCCUGUAAAGGCUAUUCUCCACUGGAAAAAAAAAACCAAAAUAA